GCAGGGCGCCGAAGCCUGGGAGGUCAGGCAAGCCGGGCCGCGGGCGGCGCCGAGAACCGGGCUUCACAGGGGGCGGGGGUUCCGAGACGGGGGAAGAGAGAUCACAAGGGAGAAACGGACUGGAGUUGGAGCACGAUCCCAGGGAGAGUCAGUGAGAGCCAGCAUGUAAGAAGCAGAAGAGGCACCCCAGUGAGCACAAACCUGGAGCUGAGCUGGGCCAAUGUGAGAAGACAGAGUCCCUGGCCAUGCUGCUAGGAGCAGAGACACCCAGCAUGGGGUCUCCUAUUUGUAGGCUUGGGGCAAACCUGGAAAAUGGCUCAGCCGCCACUUCGAGGAGUGACCAGCUUGCGAUUCAAUCAGGAUCAAAGCUGCUUUUGCUGUGCCAUGGAGACAGGUGUGCGCAUCUACAACGUGGAGCCGUUGAUGGAGAAGGGACAUCUGGACCACGAGCAGGUGGGCAGCACGGGCCUGGUGGAGAUGCUGCACCGCUCAAAUCUACUGGCCCUGGUAGGCGGGGGGAGCAGCCCCAAAUUCUCAGAAAUCUCAGCAGUGCUGAUUUGGGAUGAUGCCCGGGAGGGCAAGGACUCCAAAGACAAGCUCGUGCUAGAGUUCACCUUUACCAAGCCUGUGCUGGCUGUGCGCAUGCGCCAUGACAAGAUCGUGAUCGUGCUGAGGAACCGCAUCUACGUGUACUCCUUCCCCAACAACCCACGAAAGCUGUUUGAAUUUGACACCCGGGACAACCCCAAGGGGCUCUGUGACCUUUGCCCCAGCCUCGAGAAACAGCUCCUUGUGUUCCCAGGACAUAAGUGUGGGAGCCUACAACUUGUGGACCUGGCAAGCACAAAGCCUGGCACGUCAUCCGCUCCCUUCACCAUCAAUGCACAUCAGAGUGAUGUGGCUUGCGUGUCCUUGAACCAGCCGGGGACUGUGGUGGCCUCAGCCUCCCAGAAAGGCACCCUCAUUCGCCUUUUCGACACCCAGUCCAAGGAGAAACUGGUAGAGCUGCGACGAGGCACUGACCCUGCCACCCUUUACUGCAUUAACUUCAGCCAUGACUCGUCCUUCCUGUGCGCUUCCAGCGAUAAGGGCACAGUUCAUAUAUUUGCUCUCAAGGAUACGCGUCUCAACCGCCGCUCUGCGCUGGCUCGUGUGGGCAAAGUGGGGCCUAUGAUUGGACAGUACGUGGAUUCCCAGUGGAGCCUGGCAAGCUUCACCGUGCCUGCCGAGUCAGCCUGCAUCUGUGCUUUCGGGCGGAAUACUUCCAAGAAUGUGAACUCUGUCAUUGCCAUUUGUGUCGAUGGGACCUUCCACAAAUACGUCUUCACCCCAGAUGGAAACUGCAAUCGAGAGGCUUUCGAUGUGUACCUUGAUAUUUGUGAUGAUGAUGACUUCUAAGGACCCUGGAAGCUGGAUUAGGGACCUGCCAUGGCAGGCUGCCAGUGGAACUUUGGUGUGGGUGUGGGGGAGGGGUACCGUGGAAGUCCCCAGGCAGCAAGCAUGAAUUGGGCCUGUGCCCCCUGCUCAACUCGGCAGAGCCGUGUGUGAAUAAACAGCCUAACUUCCCCAA